GCGAGGCUUCAAUCGCAUUCUUGUUCCUCUUCGAUCCGAUACAUUUCUGUUUGAUCGAUCGGAUCGGGGGUUAGGCGCGAGGCGUUCCGAUCGCGAGUCCUUCUGGGGAUCCCAGAUCCAAUCUUCGCCUUGAACCCUGCUUGUGCAGGUAACCAAUUCCUUGAGGCAUCACGAUGGCCAUAAGGUCAAAUUCAGGUGAUGGAAGGACCAGGAGCUCAGUGUCCAUUGUUUUCAUAGUGGGUCUCUGCUGUUUUUUCUAUGUUUUGGGUGCAUGGCAGAGAAGCGGUUUUGGGAAGGGUGACAGUAUCGCGCUACAGAUUACUGAGCAGACAAAGUGCGCUAGCUCAGCCAAUCUAAAUUUUGAAACUCACCAUGGAGGCAGCUUGACUGAUUUUGACAAUAAUGAAGCUAAAUCAUUCGAGCCAUGUGAUGACAGUUAUACUGAUUACACACCAUGCCAGGAUCAGAGGCGAGCGAUGACCUUUCCAAGAGAGAGCAUGAUCUACCGAGAGAGGCAUUGCCCGCCUGAUGAGGAUAAGCUAUAUUGUCUUAUUCCAGCACCAAAGGGUUAUGUGACACCUUUCCCAUGGCCUAAGAGUCGCGACUAUGUUCCCUUUGCUAAUGUACCUUACAAGAGCUUGACAGUUGAGAAAGCUGUUCAGAAUUGGGUUCAGUAUGAGGGCAGUGUGUUCAGGUUUCCUGGUGGAGGGACACAGUUCCCUCAAGGUGCAGAUACAUAUAUCGAUCAACUUGCAUCUGUUAUUCCAAUUAAUAAUGGAACUGUUAGAACUGCGUUGGAUACUGGUUGUGGGGUUGCUAGUUGGGGUGCAUAUUUGUUGAAAAGAAAUGUGUUGGCCAUGUCAUUUGCACCAAGGGACUCUCAUGAGGCACAGGUACAGUUUGCACUAGAACGAGGUGUUCCUGCUGUCAUUGGUGUACUGGGAUCAAUUAAGCUUCCAUAUCCAUCAAGAGCCUUUGAUAUGGCUCACUGUUCAAGGUGUUUGAUUCCAUGGGGUGCAAAUGAUGGACUUUAUAUGAUGGAAGUGGAUAGGGUUCUCAGGCCUGGUGGUUAUUGGGUCCUUUCAGGGCCUCCAAUUAACUGGAACAAUAACUAUGUAGCAUGGGAUCGGACCAAAGAGGAUCUUGAGGAGGAACAAAGGAAGAUUGAGGACACUGCUGAACUUCUUUGUUGGGAAAAGGUUGCCGAGAGAGCUGAAUUUGCUGUUUGGAGGAAGAGAAUAAAUGCCGAAUCCUGCCCUGGAAGGCAACCUGAAACUCAAACAAAUAUGUGCAAAACAAACUCUGAUGAUGUUUGGUACAAGAUGAUGGAAACAUGCAUAACCCCCUAUCCUGAGGUUAGUGAUUCUGAAGAGUUUGCUGGUGGGGAAUUGAAGCCCUUUCCUGAAAGGUUAACUGCUAUUCCACCUAGAAUAGCUUCUGGCUCUCUAGCUGGAUUCUCAAUCAAUUCAUAUCAAGAAGACAACAGAAAGUGGCAAAAGCAUGUUAAUGCUUAUAAGAAAAUCAACAAGUUGCUUGACAGUGGAAGGUAUCGGAAUGUUAUGGAUAUGAAUGCAGGUUUGGGUAGCUUUGCAGCUUCAAUAGACUCUCCAAAGCUAUGGGUGAUGAAUGUUGUUCCCACGAUUGCGGAUAUAUUGACAUUAGGUGUUAUCUAUGAGCGAGGUUUAAUUGGCAUGUACCAUGACUGGUGUGAAGCUUUUUCGACUUAUCCAAGGACAUAUGAUCUUAUCCAUGCCAAUGGUGUUUUCAGCUUAUACCAUGAGAAGUGCAAAAUGGAAGAUAUUCUUCUGGAGAUGGACAGAAUCUUGAGGCCUGAAGGUGCCGUCAUAUUCCGUGAUCAUGUUGACGUCCUGAUAAAGGUGAAAAAGAUGGUCGGUGGCAUGAGAUGGAGCACUCAGCUGGUCAACCAUGAAGAUGGUCCUUUCGUUCCUGAGAAGAUCUUGGUUGCUGUAAAGCAGUAUUGGGUUGGAGGAAACAAAGGCAACACAGAAGAAUGAGUUUAUGAGACAGACAUGUAUAGAGAACUGGUAAUUACAGGACACUGCGCAGGAAAUAGCUCCUCGAAUGAGGAAAUUGGGAUUUCAAUUUCCAGAGCCAACUUGAAGAACAAAAAAGAAGAAAUCUUUUGGCUGGAGUUUAUUUUUUCAUCUAUUUGCUUCUUCUUUUUUUCUCUAGAAUCUUUGUGAUUCCCUAGGGGUUUUAGCUUUUCUUGUUCAUCGAUUUUCUUUCAUUACACUGAUGUUUUCUUUUCCCUCAGAGAUGAAUGUGUUGGUUCUAAUGUUUUC